UCUGCAGUGACAAAUUUGGCUCAUACAAAGAUAAUACGCAAAAACUACAAAAAGUGACGAACUUGUUAUUCAUUGAAAAUAACUGGUAAAAAUGAAGUUCCAAUACAAGGAAGAGCAUCCAUUUGAAAAACGUCGUGCCGAGGGUGAUAAAAUUCGUAGAAAGUAUCCAGAUCGUGUGCCAGUAAUUGUUGAAAAAGCACCAAAGGCUCGUAUAGGCGAUUUAGACAAGAAAAAGUAUUUAGUUCCUUCAGAGUUGACAGUUGGACAGUUCUAUUUUCUGAUCCGUAAACGUAUUCAUUUGAGACCUGAGGACGCACUAUUUUUCUUUGUGAACAACGUAAUUCCUCCAACAUCAGCUACAAUGGGAUCUCUAUACCAAGAACACCACGAAGAGGACUAUUUCUUAUAUAUUGCAUAUUCUGACGAAAAUGUUUACGGAAAGAAGUAAAUUCAGAUUUGAAGAGGAAUUCUAUAGAUUUGCCGUUGGAUUGGGGACACACUUGCAUAUUAAUAAUGACUAUAAUUACAUAUUUUCCAAAAUUAUCCAUGUGAAACCAUUCGAUAAAAUGUCAUUAGAUUAUCACUAUUAGGUAUUUGGCGAAAAUGUAUCAAUAUAAAUAGAGUUUAAUUACUA